AGUAAAACGCUCAGUUGAAGCAUGAAGUUCGGCGUAAGCGUACAUAAAAUAUUAAUUUCUUAAAUAAUUAAAAUUUCGAAUCGGACAGAUAAAUCAAGGGCAAUGCAAUAUAAACGACGCGACACUUAAUCGCAAAGAAAAAAUUAAAACAGUACAAUUAAUAAAGUGAACAUAGAACUCUUAUCAAGCAUUAAAAAAUAUAUGUAUACAAUAUCAUUAGAUUUGUAUUAGAAAAUAAUUGAAAUAAAAUACAGCUUGGCAUUAGUUGGAAUAAAUUUAUAGUACGUUAAGCACUAAAAUUAAACUCAGCGCUGCAUUGAAGUUCAUAACUUAAGGCAUUUGAUCAAAAUCGGAUUUGUGAACGUGUAAUUUAAAAAUUCAUGACUCUAAAGGAUUUGGAAGUAAUAAUUAGUGAGCUAGGGGUAAUUGAAAACGGAUCCAACAAAAUGAUGUCCAGAACCUUCAGAUACUUCAAAUUGAUGUAUAUUGUGGCGGGGAUUUUAAUGAGCAAUGAAAAAGUUUGCGAAUCUGUUGAUAAAAUGCAAAUCACGCCACGUGUUGAGGUCAAAGAGAUCCUACAGCCGAAGAAAGUCUAUAAAGGUGUCGAGAAAGCGUCGAGGAAUUGGUUUCGCAGCUCCUACUGUUAUAUAGUCAGCGGCAUUAAGCAGCGCGUAUCGCCGUUGUUGAGCAUCUUCAAUAUUUGGACCAUACCCAACUACUUGGUGGAGUGCUCGGCGAAUUUCAUCAGCAAACAAUUCAUCGGGAACGAUUGUGAUAUGAUUUACAAUAGAUAAAUCGAUUAAGGGAUAUGUAGUCGCUAGUUAAAAUUAGAGUUUAAGAUUUGAUAAGAUAGAUUGCCUAGAAAAAUGAUUUCAAACACUAAAUAUUAAAAAACUCGAAGAUUUGCAGAACAUUAUACUGCUGCAGGUGCUUAGAUAAUAAACAAAUAACUGUAGUUCUAAUUUAGUAUUAAGAUCAAAGCAUUAGCGAACGUAUUCGACGGAAUACACAAUUUUUCUCAUAUUUGAUAAGAGCUUCUACUGGCACCAUUUCAUUAUACAUAUUUACGAAAAUAUGCGAAUUAGUUUAAGCACAUUUAUAAUGUUUUGUGUAGUUUAAUUUUAUUAUUGCAAAAUAUUCACAUACAGACGGAAAUUUUUUAAUAAAUUUUUAUAUACUAUACAUACAUACAUCCA